UCCAAUGUUCUCCCUCGCAAGAUCGGUCCGGCCGUUCGUCCCCGUCGAGGACAUGGAUCGGUCUCCCGUCUCCCCUGAUUUCUUGCCGAAAGUCUGGUCUUUUUGCGGUGAAUCGUUCCUGUUUUGGUAAUCGCGGGGAAAAUACCGGGGAUUUCGGUCCGGGCUGUUGCCGAGUUUUUUUCCUCUCUUCGAGGAUUUCUGCCGAUCUGGUCAUGUUCUUUCCGUAAAUUUCUAAACUGAAAACAUGGAAGGUUUUUUUAUCCGGUGAUUGAAAGAUGGAAAAAAAAUUUGUCCUAGGUGUUUGGUCCUUGCGCAGUCCCCCUUCUCUUGCCGAUUGAUUUGCCUGUCAUAUAAUCUCUCGUGUUCUUUUUAUUUUCUCCUUCUGUUAACACUUUCCGUUCGUGGUGUUGGUGCGAUGAUCGCAGAGUUGGAGUAGAGACCGCCAGCACGAGCGAUCGCUCUUGAUUUAUGUCGCCUGCUCUACUGCUCCAUGGUUCUGAGCUCCCAUCACCAUCACCUCCUUCCGCUUUUUGUUGCCUUCUCCCCCAAGCUCGGCAGAGGGGCGCCAGAACUCAAGAUUAUCGCUUCAAGAUCUCCCGGUAAAUUUGGAUUUGGGGUGAAGUACUCUGGAUUUCUGCAUUUAGACCAGUGCCCCGUGCACGUGAAGUAAUAACAAUACAAGAAUCCCCCAAAUCACGAUAAGCUUGGUUUGGUUUGGGUGGAUUAAGUUCAGCACUCCCCCCUCAGUUUCAUUGACAUUCCUCAAGUUCAUAAACAAUCAGCCAGAAAGCAGAUUUCUUUUGCGAGUCUUCACAGAAAAAGAAUAACUCCGUCUUCUCUCCAGUUUUAAUCAGAAGUUUGAGACAACUCGGUUUCUGAUUUUGGAGAUUGUGCGCUCAGGCUCUCAACCAGGAGUUUCCGUCCUGGGAUUUAACAUUUCAGUCGAUUGUAGUCAAGGUUAAUAAUUCAAUAAUCUUUGGAUCUUAAGAUUAAGGGGCUUGUUGCACAAAGAGAUGAUGGUACCUUGUUCGCGGAAGGUCCGCAUUUCCUGCUGUGAUCCUGACGCCACCGAUUCCUCUGAUGAAGAUGAUCGGCAUGCGAAGAAGGAAAAGAGAAUGACAAUGGAGGUACUAGUUCCAGUGAAAACCUCCGGACCCCUCAAGUCUCGAAAGACCCUUGUGCCAUGUGGCACCAAGAAAUCAAUGGGUACAGAGAAGAAGCAACCAACCAGCAAGUACCCUGGUGUGCGCCUGCGGUCAUGGGGUAAGUGGGCUGCGGAGAUACGUGAUCCUGUGAGCAAGACCCGGAAAUGGAUUGGCACAUUUACCUCUGAGGAGGCCGCUGCUGCAGCAUAUGAGGCAGAACGGAACCGGGUACGCACUGAGAUGUUGGCCAUCAAAUCUCGGUCACCUCCAUCAGAACAUGAAGCUGUGUCCAGCGAAGCUACUGUAUCCUGUGUGUCUUCAUCUGUGUCGUCCGGUGACCAGAAAGCACAAGAGGUACACAAGUUAGCGUCAAUGGAGAUAGACCCUGACACUGCUGAUGAGAGCUUACUGCACUGCUCACCGGAACCGCUAGGUAAAGAAAUCCAGGUAGAUGCUUUCCUUGGCCGGAUGAAUGUUGAUGAAAGCUUAGUGCACUGCUCAUCGACACCUAGCGAUGAAGAAAUUCCUGUGGAUGCAUUCCGCAGCCAGAUGAACGAGCUUCCUAUCGGCGACUAUGUUUGCGCAACUGACAAACUCUCACUGGAUGAUAUUUCAAGGCUGGCAGAUAUGUUUCCUGUCAAUGACUUCGUCGACACAACAGGCGAGCCGCCUGGUGACGACUACAUCGGGCUGGCAGACAUCAGCCAUCUACCGAUGCCAAUGUUCGAGUUGGAUGCAGAACUUAAUUGGGAAGGCUUCGACUUUGCUUCGAUGGAACGUGAACUAGAGAAACUUUGAGGCCUCAACACAUUGAGGUUUUCAUCUUUCUGAGCGAUGUCAGGGUGAGUUUGUGAUCAGGAGAUGUGUUCAUCUCCAAUUUUGUCGGAAAUUGUACAGUCUUCCCCUCUAGAUUAAUCUGGUUGAGCCUUAUAUGUACCGUGUAAUAUGUACAUGAUCAUCUAAUUCGAAUCUGCUAUUGAAAUUCAUAAUGGAAGCUCGAUCGUGUGUCUUCUUGUUA